AUGCCAGCUGUUGAGGGGCUUGAGCCUCCAGGAGACUCCCGCAAAGCAAACCCCGGGGCUCUGACGCUGGCAGAUCAAUCGGACUCUGAAGACCAAUUUGUGGAUGCGCAAUCCAGCCCACAUCCCAUUUCGCCCAUCCCAAAACCCCAGGUCGAGCAAGACAACAAGGAAACAACACCCAGCGAGAUACCAGCAACAGACACCGAUCAGCCAAAAGAGAAUGACGAAAUUAAUGAGAAAGCUGUGCCGCACGAAACUUCAUUCGACUCAACGCCGCAGGCUAUUAAAGAAGCUCCCAAACCGGCUACCGAGGAGACUCCAGAACCAAUUGGUCCACACUCAGAGGAUGUGGACGAGAAAUUACCGGCGACUGUUAAUCCUGACGUCAAAGUUACCGGCACUGACGGUGUGGUAGAGGAGAUCUCUACAAAUGACUCUACAGUUUCUACACCCCAGGCUGAAGUCCCGCCGGAGCCUCAGACCACUCAGGAUUCCGAUAGCAAAGAAGUACAAGAAAUCAGUAUCAAUGUCAAUGGCGAACAUUCUCAGGAUGAUGAUAUGUCUGAGGGCUUUGACCAGUCUGAAGGCUUCGAAGAGGCUGGUGAUGAUUUCGACGACUUUGAGGAGGGCGGCCAGGAAGAUGACGACUUUGAUGAUUUCGAUGACGGGUUUCAACAGGCUGAGCCUGUACCGACACCAACGCAAGCUACUCUGCCAGUUCUACCAGUGCUUCCAUUUCCGAUACCAGAUUUCGAGGACCUCGAUUCAGAUGAGAUCAUCUCUUCGCUCGAUCAAUAUCUCACGACACUGUUCCCCCCGGAAGAGCUGGAUCUCCCUCCUCUACCCCAACUACCUCGGGAAGCCUCGACCUUUAUCACAUCACGGUCUGCCUCCCUCUGGUCACAACUCGUUGCCCCCCCACCCUUGGCGCCGCCGGAUUGGAUCAGAUCUCGCACCCGCCGCCUAUUCCUCGUCUCCCUUGGCGUACCUGUGGAUCUAGAUGAGAUCCUUCCAGCAUCAAAGCAAAAGAAACUCGUACUCCCCUCACUGAAUAUUCCCUCCUCAUCGUCUCCCCGGGCGUCACACGAAGCUCGCUCAGCUACACGAUUACGGCAGGAUGAUGCCAACGCCUCAACCACCUCUGUCGAUACGCAAGGGAAGCCGAGGCACAGACGAGGCCCAUCCCCGCAACCAGAACUAGAUAUUGUUGCAGCGCGGCAUCUCUGCACAACCACUGAUGAAGCCCUAAACGGCAUGACGGACGAAGAGUUAAGCAGCCACAUAGAGAAAUUGAAAGUUCUCGAAGUAACCGCCAAGGAGGUGUUGGAAUACUGGACGAAGAGGACAGAUGAGAAGAUUGCCGAGCGGGAGACCUUUGAGGGAGUAAUAGAGAACUUAGUAAAACACGCGAGAAAAGUUCGCAAAUAG